CAGCUGGGAAAUGUCCCAAGUGAUCGGUGUCAUCCUUCCUGAGCAGUCAGCUGCUUAAAAACCUGCAUCCACAGAACUAUAGCGAAACUUCUCAGGGGGUUUCUAGUAGGCUGCUGAAGACAGAGAGUCUCCUACAGAGGACAGCAGAGGAGCAAGCAGCCUCUGAAGUUACAGGGGACAGAGUGGUCAACAAGGCUGUCACUGUCAUGGACGGAAUGGCUGCACUGGUGGACAGGUACAAAGAACGUCUAUGUGUCAUACUGGAGGAGGAGAGAAACCAGUGCAGAAAACGCAGGCUCCUCGGACAGAGUGCACUCAAAGAGCGACAGCAGCAGUUAAUGGAGGCGCAGCGAUGUGCCACACAGGCCCUCAGUGAGACAGACACAUGCAUCUUCAUACACAGGUUCAUGCUGAUUGAACAUAAGCUGAGGGAAGUCGUCACAGACACAGUUCCCUCCGUGAUCCUCUCAAAGGUUCCACUGAACACCAGGCGUCUCCAGGCAAGCCUCAAAACCCAAGACUUCCGCUCAGAAAUGACCCGCCUCCUGAAUUCCCUCCACAUCCUCCUGAGCCCCCUGGACCUCACCUUCAACCUCUGCACUGCCCACCCCAGCCUGAUAGUCUCCAAUGAUCUGCACACAGUCCAGUACAGCCCUACCAAGCAGUCCUAUGCAGAGCACCCAGAGCGUUUUACAAGCGCCUCCCAGGUUCUUUGCAAACAGGGGUUUUUGAGUGGCGUGCACAUAUGGGUGGUAGAAGUGGGCUCCAACAGCAUGUGGUCGCUGGGUGUGUGUUACAAGAGCAUCCCUCGCCGUGGUGACCACAGUCGUUUAGGACACAACUCUGUUUCCUGGCGGCUGCAAUGGAAAAACAACAAGCUGACAGGGUGCCAGUCCUCGUGCAAUGUGGCUCUGGGGGAAAUGACCAAUCAUCUGCUGAGGAUUGAGAUAGUGCUGGACUAUGAGGCUGGAACAUUGAUGUUCCACAACAUCAAAGGACACAGGGAGCACCUCCACACCUUCAGGGCUAUGUUUAAGGAGCGGGUUUACCCAGCGUUCAGUAUACAUUCAAACACACCAGAGUCCUGGAUCACACUGCACAGUGGGAUGUAAACACAACUUCUAUUUUUAUUGUUUUUAUAUAUAUAUAUUUUAGAUGUUUUAUUUGGGUGUUCAACCAUGUAAAUUUGCCUCCAACUAAAAAAAUUUUUUCUUACUUUUGUAUUCACUGCUUUCUUUCAAACGCCUGUAUGGAAAUACAUUAAAAAAGUGCCGAUUGGAUAAGAAGUUUUACUUUUAUUUUCCUUAUAUACAGUAAACAUUGAUGUGCUUGAACUUGAAUGCUAGCAUU